AGCGAUCUCGAGCGCCAGAGCCCCCACACCCGCCGCCGUGUCGUCGCCUUCGUCGAUCAAGAGCAACACCAACGUGGCUCCGCCGGAGUUGGAGCAACGCGCCAAGGUGUCGCCACCGCCGCCGUUCGCGUCGGACAGGUGGGCCGCGGGCGGCGCCUCGUCCUCCGACGAGGAGGAGGACACCAAGAAGACCAAGAACAAGAAGGCCGCGGCCAGCAAGGCGGUGCCGGCGAGGAAGAGCGGCAAGGCCAAGGGCAAGGACAGGUACCUCGUUGCGCCACCGGCAGAAGCUGGCCAGGGGGGUUCAUGCCCGCAGGCGGCGCCCCCGACCCGUUCGCCGACAACGACGCGCUCCCGCCCUCCUCGUUCGACCCGUUCGCCGACGCGCGCGCCGACGACGCUGCCGGGGGCGGCGCCGGGGUCGACGACGCCUACGUGCACCUCCGCGUGCAGCAGCGCAAUGGCAAGAAGACGCUGACCACGGUGCAGGGGCUCAGCGCCAGCUACAACUACGCCAAGGUGCUGCGGGACCUCAAGCGGGAGCUCUGCUGCAACGGCACCGUCGUCGAGGACAAGGAGCUCGGCAACGUCAUCCAGCUGCAGGGCGACCACCGCGAGCGCGUUGCCGGCUUCCUCGCCAAGGCCGGCCUCGCCAAGACCGAGUGCAUCAAGGUCCACGGCUUCUAA